GAAUCUUCGGCCUGGCCGCUGCCGUUCUUCAUGCAUGCAGCAUACAGCACACAAUAACAGCCUCAAUGUAAGAGAACAUUCCGCCAACAAGCGCGGAAGCAGGACCUCUGGACGCCAAGGCCCACCAAGCGAGUCUGCAGGUACUGUCAAGGAGGGGGAGCUUGGCAACGGCCGCCAGAGCUCCUCUCUGGUGACAGUGACAAUCCGCCGGCCACUGGUUGACCAUGACAGGGGAGCCUACAGGAGGGGGUGGCGACCCAAGAAGCCGCUUGCUCAGCCCAGCCGAGUGGAGUAUUCGAGCAAAUGCCUAUUUGAGCCAUCUCCAUGGUCUAAAACUUGGGUGUCCCGGGAAGAAGGGGGGACGGCGUUUAAGGUUCUCACGCUCUCAGCCACUGGGUCGGUUUGUCGUGGACAGUCACUGAUCCAGGCGUGUCGUAGGGGACCAGCCGAGAUUUGGAGCAAACACGCCCCAGCAGCGUGGGAAUGAGACGACUUGCCGGUUGAUAAUUGCUUCUGGGCAGAAGGGGGCGUGUGGCCUCAAGCAUGGCAUCACGAGCCUGGGAUGCAAGUCCUUGAGGAAUCGGAGACUUUUCUUCUGUCGUGCUGUCGUCCUGUACAUAGUACUGCCUCGCGGCUUGACAAUGGGUCGAGACAAUGUCAAUU